AUGGGGCUGGAGGGCAGGUACCCCAUGAUCUCAUGGGCUGCGCAGCUAUGGGUUACAUCCGGCCUGCUGGAAGCCAGGGAGACGCCUCCUGGUGACCCCCGAGGUGUACUUGAGAACCCCUGGCCUGGCCUGGCCUCUGCCCCAUUUGCCCGUGACUACCAGGGGGCGCGGGGGUGUCUAGGUCCUGUCAAUUCUUGCUAUUUUUCCAAUCCUGACCCUUCCUUCCAGUCAGGACAGUUCAAUGAGGACAUGAUCCCCACGGUGGGUUUCAACAUGCGCAAAAUCACCAAAGGGAAUGUGACCAUCAAGCUCUGGGACAUCGGGGGACAGCCCCGCUUCCGCAGCAUGUGGGAGCGCUACUGCCGAGGAGUGAGUGCCAUCGUGUACAUGGUGGACGCUGCUGACCAGGAGAAGAUUGAGGCCUCCAAGAAUGAGCUCCACAACCUGCUGGACAAACCACAGCUGCAGGGCAUCCCGGUCUUAGUCCUGGGCAACAAGCGAGACCUCCCUGGAGCCCUGGAUGAAAAGGAGCUGAUUGAGAAGAUGAAUCUGUCUGCCAUCCAGGACCGAGAGAUCUGCUGCUACUCCAUCUCCUGCAAAGAAAAGGACAACAUUGACAUCACCCUACAGUGGCUUAUUCAACACUCGAAGUCACGGAGAAGCUGAGACUGCGGCCCUUCCCCCUCGGACCAGGGAUCUCACCCUCCAGACCUGAAGCCGAGCUCCCUGCCCACCCCGCCGUCCCCCCACGCCCACCCUCCUCGCCUGGUAUGGGGAGGGGCCCUGUGGGACUCCCAGAGUCCUGUUCUGCUGAGGUUUGAACUCCUGUUUUUAUUGUAAAAUAAACUCCCAUUCUGGCCCCCUAACCUCUGGCCCUUCCCCUUCUCCCUGUGCCUGCCCCACCCUGCUUCUUGUCAAGCCUGCCCUCCUGUCUCUCCCCAGCCCACCUCUACUUCCCUUUUCAAUACUCUUCUGUUAUUGUCCUGUGUGUACAGUAUAUAUAUGUAUAUAUAUUUUAAUUUUUUAAUUUAAGCAAAGACUAAAAUCCACCAUUUGAUGCUGCAGGGACCAGUCAGGACCUGGGAGGGGGGGCAGCCCGGAGAGAAGGGGCGAGGUGGGUGUGGCUUAGGGCCAGUUCGGACCAGGAGGGUGACAGCUGGCACCCGGGUGGGUACCUGCCUGGGUCCUGGGGACCAUCCCGCCUCCUGUUGAUUUCCUCCCCCAACCUGGCUCCUCCCUGCAGUGCGUGACGGUGCGUCCUCAGGGGCAGGGAGCCAGCCUCCCCGGCCAGUCCUGCCUGCCCCUGCGCCCAGCUCCGCCCCUGCCCGGGGCCCCCACCUCCACGGCCCACCUCAUUUUCUGUUCUCAUUUUGCAGAGUUGCACAAGGAGAGAACUCAGCAUGGGGGGUUGGUUCUUUGGGUUUGUUUCUUGUUUGUUUAUUUAAUUUAAUGAUUUGUAAAGUGAUGUUCCUCUUCCUUUUUUUACACUUUUCAGCUCAUAUUUAACCUCUGUUUGGAAAAUGAUUCUUGUAACUGUACAUUUUUUUUUUUUGCCUCCUAACAACAGCAAGAAUAAAUGACCAAUUUUGUGUUGGG